AUGGGUGUAGCUGUAUGGUUUGUACCACACGCUGGAUCUCCGGUUUAUGAGACUUUGCAAUCGCUCAUACUCUCCUUACAGACAUUGUUUCCUGACGCUCCUGCAUUCGAACCCCACCUUACAAUCACAUCCCAGCUGAGAUGCAAUUCCAAGAGCGACGUCCAACAGAUUCUCACGACCUGUGUGGCCGCUUUUGGCGCCGUUAAAGCCAGCUUGAAGGAAGAAAACGAAACGAUGGUCUCUUUUACAGGUGCUGGAAUUGGGAAGAGCUAUUUCACAAAAGUUCGGCUGCUGUGUCCUGAAAACAAGUAUUUGAUGGGGAUCGCACAGAUUAUACGAGAGCUAUUUGUUGCAGAAACCGCGGAAGAAGCGUCUUCGUGGCUUCUGAACGAUUUCCAGCCGCACAUAUCGCUGGUUUACUCCGACAUGUACCAUGUAAACCAGGCACUCGAGCGUGUCAUCGCUCAAAGAAUCGAGGAUACGCUGGAUUUGUCCCUGCAAGAGAACGCGGUGGCAGGCGAAAGAAACCAAAAGACGUGGUCUUUUAGUCGUCUGGUAUCGGGCUGGAGUCUUCCUGGAACUUUUAAAGUCAUCAAUUGUGACGGGCCAAUACAGGAUUGGCACGUCUUGGGCAGCGUUGAAGUAUAA